CUCUCCCUUUGGUCCAUUGUUGUCCAUCGGUGUGUUUGGAGUGUCCGCUGUCCGCCCCGUCCUCUUUUCCUGCCCCGGUGCUCCAGGUGUUACAACAAAACAACGGAAUCCCUUGCUUUGCGUAUUUGCCUAUCUAACCAGCAUUUGGCCCCGAAUCGCCGCCACAGAAUGUCCACAACUCCGACCAGAUCCGCGAUGCAGUCUGCCAAGAUGAAAAAGGACGAAUCAUUCCUUGGGAAGCUGGGAGGCACGUUGGCCAGAAAGAAAAAGUCAAAAGAAGUGAGUGACCUUCAGGAGGAGGGGAAGAAUGCCAUCAUCGCAUCCAUGCAGCCCUCCUGUGCCGAGCUGCUCCCAGAGGACACGUUGCUAGAGGAGAAUGCUGAAAGGAAUAUACUGGAUCCCAGCUCAAGAGAAAAUCCCAAAUUUAAAGACCUUCAAAAAGUUCUUAUUGACUGGAUCAAUAGUGAGCUGGUGGAAGAGAGGAUCAUUGUGAAGGACCUGGAGGAGGAUCUGUAUGAUGGACAGGUGCUCCAGAAGUUAUUUGAGAAGCUGUCCCAGCGGAAGCUGAACGUGGCCGAGGUGACGCAGUCGGAGAUCGGCCAAAAACAGAAGCUGCAGACGGUGCUGGAGGCGGUCAACGAUGUGCUCAGACCUGAGGGCUGGUCCGUCGAGUGGGGCGUGGACUCAAUCCAUUCGAAGAACCUGGUUGCUAUUGUAUACCUGUUGGUGGCCCUGGCCAUGCACUUUCAGGCUCCUAUCAGACUCCCAGAGCACGUGUCCGUCCAGGUGGUGGUGGUCAAGAAAAAAGAGGGCCUCUUACACACCUCCCAUGUGACCAAGGAGCUCACAACAACAACAGAGAUGAUGAUGGGAAGAUUUGAGAGGGAUGCUUUUGACACAUUGUUGGAUCAUGCCCCUGACAAGCUCAACGUCGUCAAGACGUCUCUCAUUACCUUCGUCAAUAAGCACCUUAACAAGCUGAAUCUGGAGGUGACAGAACUGGAGUCACAGUUUGCAGAUGGUGUUUAUCUAGUGCUGUUGAUGGGGCUCCUGGAAGACUACUUUGUUCCCCUGUAUAACUUUUACCUUACGCCUGAGAGCUUUGAGCAGAAAGUACACAACGUGGCCUUCGCCUUUGAGCUUAUGCAGGACGGAGGUCUGAAGAAGCCCAAAGCAAGGCCAGAGGAUGUUGUGAACCUGAACCUGAAGUCCACCCUGAGGGUCCUCUACAACCUGUUCACCAACUACAAGAACUCCGAGUGAUGGCCCCUCAGCACACGGAAGUGGCAGGAGCCUGCCUGGUGCCUUCACCAGAUGGAGCUUAGAUCAUGGAGCUUUAUCCUGCGCUCUGGGCUGCUGGACGUAUGCCCGCAAUCAAACACACUUUACAUCAUACACACGCACGCACUCUCACACACACUCUCACACACACUCUCACACACACACACACACACACACACACACACACACACACACACACACACACACACACACACACACACACACACACACACACACACACACACACACACACACAUACCGGCCUAAUAUUGUGUGUGCGCUGCUGUCAAGUUGACGGUUGGAGCUUCACAGUCUUGGUUUGGAUGGAAAAUCCUAUCCAUCGCCUCCACGUCUCCCAUAUGUGCUGAGUGAGUCACGUCAGGCUGCAGGAGCGCCACCAUCAGUACCUGAUUGGCAGACGACAUGGACAGAUAUUUAUUACUAAUGGUGUCAUGCAAACGAGCUCCCCGCUUAGGACGCCUUGGAGAAUGUGCCGCCUUCCCUGGAAUAUGUUUUGACCUCAACACGCUGCCCUUAUGCACUGAAGAAUUAUUGACAUUGUCAUUACUAUGAAUGUGUGUGUUUUUUUUUUAUGAUUCAUUCAUGUUGCCAUGCGUGUGCCAUGUCGUUACAAUAUUGAUGUAGAAACCAAAUGCUUUGAAUUGCCAUGUUGCCUUACUCUGAGAAUGUGUCUGUUGAAUGGUGGGGUGAAAUGAUUAUUGAUUGUGCAGACUGGGCAGACAGGAUUUCACCCCCAGUGCAGUCCACAACCAAAAGAAAAAAAGCUUUUUCGAACUCUGUGUUAAUUAUUUAGAGCUAUAUCAAAAUGAGUUUCGGUUCUAUGGAGCGAAGCAGAUUUGCAAGAGAGCUGAAUGACUGAUAAUGUCUACUUCGGCAGUGUUUUUGUCCUGAAAUAAUAAAAAAAAAGAAACACAUCA